GUAGAAUACAAUACAUGUGUCUGUGUUUGUCUGGGUUGAUUCAUUGACGAGAGAAUGAUGUCUUGAGUUAUAAGCUUCGCUUUUUUAUUUUCUCUCUCUUCUUUCUCUCAGAUCUCCACUUUCUCUCCCAUUUCCAAUUUCAUUUCUAGGGUUUUCUUUCUCUCCUCCGAUCUUCGCUGAUCUACGCGCAAAGGGUUUUGAAGUGAUUGAACUGGAUUAGGUUUGAGAUUGUGGAAGGUUGUUUAGGGUUAAGGGAUUUGGUAUGGAUAAGGAGAAAUCUUUGGGUCUUGGCGGUGGUUUUCCGCCUCCGUCGGGACGUUUUACGGGUUAUUCAUCUACUGGGAGUGGUUUCAAUGUGAAAUCGGAACCUUCGUCAUCGUCGUUUCCGCCGCUUGCUCCUGCUACUAGUUCAGAUUCUAGUGGUUUUAGUCAUGAUAUUAGCAGAAUGUCUGUUAAUCCUCCGAGGAAUAGAGGUCAUAGGCGUGCUCAUUCGGAGAUUCUGACGUUGCCUGAUGAUAUUAGCUUUGAUAGUGACCUUGGUGUGGUUGGUGGUGCUGAUGGACCGUCGUUCUCGGAUGAUACUGAGGAGGACUUGCUGUCGAUGUACCUUGAUAUGGAUAAGUUCAAUUCGUCGUCUGCAACAUCGACGUUUCAAAUGGGUGAGCAGUUUAAUGCUGGAGCGGGAUCAGGUUUGGGGCCGAUUUCGGCAGGGCAGGCAUCGGGAGCAGGUACUUCUUCUGGGGAAAAUGUUGCUGCUGGUACCAAUGAAAGGCCUAGAAUUAGACACCAGCACAGCCAAUCCAUGGAUGGGUCAACAACCAUCAAACCUGAGAUGUUAGUCUCGGGUUCAGAAGACUUGUCUGCAGCUGAUUCAAAGAAAGCAAUGUCAGCGGCAAAGCUUGCAGAACUUGCCUUGAUCGACCCCAAGCGUGCAAAAAGGAUAUGGGCAAAUAGGCAGUCUGCUGCGAGGUCAAAAGAGAGGAAGAUGCGAUACAUUGCUGAGCUUGAAAGGAAAGUGCAGACACUGCAAACAGAAGCAACAUCUUUGUCUGCACAAUUAACUCUCUUGCAGAGAGAUACAAACGGACUGAAUUCUGAGAACAGUGAGCUGAAGCUGCGGUUGCAAACCAUGGAGCAACAAGUUCACUUGCAGGAUGCUUUAAAUGAUGCGUUAAAAGAGGAAAUUCAGCAUUUGAAAGUACUGACUGGGCAAGCUAUACCACCAAAUGGAGGACCUAUGAUGAACUUUGCUUCUUUUGGAGGGGGACAGCAGUUCUAUCCAAAUAAUAAUAAUAACAAUCAUGCCAUGCACACUCUUUUAGCUGCACAACAGUUUCAACAGCUCCAGAUUCAUCCUCAGAAGCAGCAGCAUCAAUUUCAGCAUCAAUUUCAACAACAUCAACAGCAAAUACAGCAGCAUCAAAUGCAGCAGCAGCACCAGCAGCAGGAACAACAGCAACAGCAACAACAGUCAGGUGACUUGAAAAUGAGAGCAUCUACAUCUCCCUGCCCCAAAGAUACUGCUUCAUCAGAUGAAAAUCCUUCGGCUUCCAAGGAUUGUUGAGAAACUGGUUAUUUUCGUAAAACUAUUUAGAUUUCCCUUUGUCUGUUUCCUAGAGUUUGUAGAUUUGCAGCCUUGUUAUAUUUUUUAUUCUUAACCAGUACAAAUGUUUGUAGUUACAGAUUUAGAAUUUUGCGCCGCGUUUUUGUUUUGUAUAAUACUAAAAUUUGUGGCACCUCAGUUAAUUUUCUUUGGAUAUAUCGGGGUAGGGAUGAUUUUUCCAAAUCUCCAAUAGGGAUUAGUGUCCUUGCUCUCAUUUGUUGGAUUUGGAGUCCUUGCAUAUUAGACAAUUUGCAUUUUUCAAA